AUGGAAGUGGCCUUCCACGACCGUCGACUCGCGCCGCCGUUCGCGUCCUCUCUGGGCGGGCUCUCCGCCCGCGCGCCCGCCUCCGCGGCGCCGACAUGCGAGGUAGAGCCGUCUUACUCGCAGCACGGCGCGAAGGACGCCGUCUUCAUCGAGGUCGAGCUGCCGGGCGUGGCGCGCGCCGACCUGCACGUCACCGUGCAGGGCCGCCGCCUCGUCGUCGUGGGCAAGCGCUUCAGGGAGCCGCCCCGGGACGCCGCUUCGGAGGAAGCCGCAGAGUCUCCGCAAAAGGCCGACGAGAAGAGCGCGGACAAACAAACCGCGAAGACGUUCAAGGCCGUCUUCCGCGUCCCGCAAAUCGUCGACGUCGACGGCAUUGAAACCGUCGCGCACAAGGACGGCGUGCUCACACUACGACUGCCGCACGCGAAGGCGGCGCAGCCGCGGAAGAUAGAAAUUCAGUAG